CCUUACAGGGUUGUGCCUUGUGCUGCAGGCCACCCUGAGGAGAAGGCUGUCCCUCUUGGAGACGCAGGCCAUGUGGAGCCCCAGGGAGCCACUUCUGCUGUGGCUGCUGGUGCUGGCAGCGGGCAGCGCCGAGCACGUCUACCGGCCUGGCCGCAGGGUGUGCGCCCUUGGGGUGCCCAGGGGCCCCGUGGCCGAGUCCUUUGUGCAGCGUGUGUACCAGCCCUUCCUCACCACCUGCGGUGGGCACCGAGUCUGCAGCACCUACCGGACCAUCUACAGGACUGCUUACCGCCGGAGCCCUGGGCCGGCCCCCUCCAGGCCUCGCUACGCCUGCUGCCCCGGCUGGAAGAGGGCCGGUGGGCUCCCCGGAGCCUGCGGAGCAGCAAUCUGCCAGCCACCAUGCCAGAAUGGAGGGAGCUGUGUCCAGCCAGGCCGCUGCCAGUGCCCUGCAGGGUGGCAGGGGGACCUCUGCCAGACGGAUGUGGACGAGUGCAGUGUUGGACGGGGCGGCUGUCCCCAGCACUGUGUCAACACCGCGGGUAGCUACUGGUGCCAGUGUCGGACAGGCCACAGCCCAUGUGCAGACGGGGUGCUCUGCCUGCCCAAGAGAGGGACCCCUGAGGUGACCCCGGGCCCCACCAGAGGAGUGGACAGUGAGGUGAAGGAGGAAGUGCAGAGGCUUCAGUCAAGGGUGGACGUGCUGGAGCAGCCGGGCCCUCUGCCCGUCCCGCAGAAGCUGCAGCUGGUGCUGGCCCCUCUGCACAGCCUGGCCUCGCGGGCGCUGGAGCGCGGGCCCCAGGACCCCGGCAGCCUGCUGGUCCACUCCUUCCAGCAGCUGGACCGCAUCGACUCCCUGAGCGAGCAGAUCUCCUUCCUGGAGGAGCAGCUGGGGUCCUGUUCCUGCAAGAAGGAGCUGUGAGCCGCAGGCCUGUCUCCUCACCCCAGCUCCCCACCGAGCAGAGCGGGACGGGCGGGGGCUGCGAGCCAAGGCAGGAGACGGCACCCCGCUUCUCCUUACCAAAGAAGCAGGGUGGGGUGGGCUGCGGGGUCCCCGUGUGACUCCAGCCGCGGCCCGGCCAGCGCCCCACACCCCCAGCUGGCUCUCGGGGCUGAGGGAGGGUCUGAGGGUUCCCUGCCCGGAGCCCAUGCUGCUGUCAGAAUAAAGUGAGGCUUGAGAAACUGGG